GCAGGCCUAAAUAAGCGCGGUGCAUGGGGAGAAAGGAUGCUCCCGGUUUUCAAAGAGGAACUUCAGCAGGGUUAGCCACUGGAGAGAGGGGACUGCAAACCACACGAAACAUUUUGUUUUCCACGCGACGUUUUCUCAUCAGAACAACAUGUCUUCAAAGUGUCCCAAGUGCGAAAAGACUGUGUAUUUCGCGGAGAAAGUGGCAUCCCUGGGAAAGGACUGGCACAAGCUCUGCCUGAAGUGUGAGCGCUGUAACAAGAUCCUGACAGCAGGGGGCCACGCUGAGCAUGAUGGAAUGCCAUACUGCCACAAGCCAUGCUAUGCUGCUCUCUUCGGACCAAAAGGUGUGAACAUUGGCGGGGCUGGCUCCUAUGUGUAUGACACUCCAGUCAACAACAGCUCUGCUCCUGCCCCGGCCCGCGUGAGCGCCCCCAAACCAGAAGACAAACCGGCCUCCGUCCCGCCCAAGGGCCCCUCCAAAGCUGGCAGUGUCACUACCUUUGCUGGGGAGGCCAACCUUUGCCCCAGGUGCAAUAAGAAGGUUUACUUUGCGGAGAAGGUGACCUCGCUGGGGAAAGACUGGCAUCGGCCAUGCCUGCGCUGUGAGAGGUGCAGUAAGACGCUGGCUCCUGGAAGCCAUGCAGAGCAUGACGGUCAGCCCUACUGUCACAAACCCUGCUACGCUACGCUGUUUGGCCCCAAAGGCGUGAACACUGGAGGCGUGGGCAGCUACAUCUACGAGAAGGAGCCAAGCACAGCGACCCAGCCCUGAGUCUGCUCCUGUGUGACCCUCUCACCGCGCUCACCGCCCUCCCUCUCGGCCAGCACAGCCAAUGACGCUCCACCUUAAAAAAACAAAAAAAAACAUAAACAAAACCCCUACUUCCUCAAAGGCCUCCAAUCAGCGCUGAGUUUCAGCACCUAACCCUAGCUAGCCACUCAGAACUCUUCUCCCACCCCUUGGUGGUCUCACAGACUCACAUCCCCCUGUAUGUUCCCCCUCACCUUGACAUAGGUGACAUAGACGCUGGAGCUGCUUCUCGGUACCAGUCUAAGCUGUUGGCCGCCCUAGACAAACAGCUCCUCGUGAGUACACGGAGCUCGCCUGAUGUUACAGAGGGUCUUGUAGCCUACUUUGUGUCGCUAAUCUCUCAGAAUAAACCUCUUCACCUGGCACACUGACCUGAUAAAAUCGGGAGUUUCUGCGACAAGAGUGCAUAAAGAAGGGGGUGGCAGUAUUGCGGUAAAAGUACCGCCUAGUGUUAGAACCCUCAGGUGUUUAAAUUUAUAUUCCUAGCUAAGUACAUGCUUUUGGUUCCGUUCUGCUCUUAGUGUAAACAUUACGUUAGAAUGACAUCUUUCCCAUUGACUCCUUUUAUGUCCUCUUCGCUCUAGGAGAAGCCACUUGGGCAGGGCCUUGUAUGGGACUGAUUUCUGUCAAACACAGCCAUCCACACUGCAUGUUGGUCUUAGAUCAUUACUGUAGAUCCAUACUGGGGUCUAUAUGCAUGUAUGUGAACACGUGUACAUGAAGUGACACAUGAGCUUGUGAAAUAGUUAGACUGGAUAAGACAUCAAGAUGGAUGGUGUUUGUUUUCUUGAUAGGGCAAUCUGCCUCCUUCUGCUAGAGUUGGAGGAAUGACUAACCGCCCUCCAUUCCAUAGUUAAACCAAACAGAGCACAGAAGAUACUGAAACCGCUAAAGACAAAGCAUUCUCGCUGAAUGAAUGUGCAUUCGUUUGUGAUAGUUUAUGACGACCAUGGCAAUAAUCUGUUGUUUUGUAAAGAAAGCUCUGAAAGGUAAAUCUAUGUGUUGCUAUCUUUUUAAUUCCCCCCAUUAAAGUGUACGUACAGAACUG